AUGUGCACAACCCCCACCCACCCGCCUUCCCACACCAGCCAUCACCGCCGCACGAUCUCCAUACGCACUUUCGACACCGCACUCAAGACGACCACCACGCUACCCCCCUCUCCGCAACCCUCAACAGCCUCGUCGCAGUCCUCCUUCAGCACAGCCCACAGCACGCUCGACACGGGGGCGCAAUUCCGGUACUACCUGCCACACAUCAGCACUGACGACGAGGCGGUGUACACGCUUAGCAAUUCGCACGUGUGCAACCUGUCGCCCGUUUCGCGGUUCAGAUCGCGCCCGCCGGUGCACUUUGGGCAUUUCUACCACUAUGUUCCGGAUCUGUGGGGGGAGGACGUGUACACCGAUGGUCGGGGUGUAGUGGAUGAGGCUCUGCGCGGUCGGGAGCAGCAGUUCGCCAGGUCUGAGUCAGCGCUCGCUGAGUUCAAGGAUGUGGAGUACGACGAUGGCCCGGGUGGAGUCUCGUCGCCGAUUUCGUACAUUGGGCCGAAGGACUUUGCGUACCGGCCGGAGAUGUGUGUUGAGGCUGUUGAUGUUGAUGUAGGCAAUCACGCGGUCGGUGUGUGUUUUGGGUCUGUUGCGGUUGUUGAUGCUGGAGGAAGGAAAGGAAAGUCAAGCAAGGAUAGGCAUAGGCGGAGUAUAAGUUUGGCGGGUAUGUCCGGGAAGAUCAAGGAGAUGCUGCGGAGGCUACAUUUGGAGAGGAAAGUUGAUGAGUAA